CCGCGGGCCCUCGGGUCCUCUCGGGUCCCAAGCAGCCCCGCUCUCCCGCUCUCCCGUACCCGGAGUCCGUCCGCGGUGUGUUGCGAUCGCCACGGCAACAUGUUGGGCAUGAUCAGGAACUCGCUGUUCGGGAGCGUGGAGACGUGGCCGUGGCAGGUCCUGAGCUCCGGGGGCAAGUUAUUCUAGUUGAUAUUGCCACCACUGAUACAAGAAGAUUCACUGUUGAACAUAUUCCAAAGGAGUUCAGGAUUCCAUCCAUACUAUAACGAUAGAUGUAUGCCCAUGUUGUUAGUGGCACCAUGCACAGUCGCUAAGCUGUGGAAACAGCCUGGAUGCCAGUCAACAAGUGAAUGGAGGAAGAAAACAUGGCAGUGGAGACACAGUGGAAUGAAAACAUUUCCUAUGAGGAAAGAGCCUGUGAAGGAGGGAAGUUUGCCACCGUGGAAGUGACAGAUAAGCCCGUGGAUGAGGCCCUCCGGGAAGCAAUGCCCAAAGUCAUGAAGUACGUGGGGGGCACCAACGACAAGGGAAUUGGGAUGGGGAUGACUGUCCCUAUUUCCUUUGCCGUGUUCCCUAAUGAAGAUGGCUCCCUGCAGAAGAAACUGAAAGUCUGGUUCCGGAUUCCGAACCAAUUUCAAAGCAACCCACCCGUUCCCAGUGACGAAAGCAUCAAGAUUGAGGAGCGGGAGAGCAUCACUGUCUAUUCCACGCAGUUCGGUGGCUACGCCAAGGAAGCGGACUAUGUAACUCAGGCCAGGCAGCUUCGUGCUGCCCUGGAGGGAACAGCCACCUACCGGAGCGACCUCUACUUCUGCACUGGAUACGACCCUCCCAUGAAGCCAUAUGGACGUCGCAAUGAAGUCUGGCUGGUGAAGACAUGAGUGACUCACGGAGCCCAGAGCCUCCCAGAAGUGAGCCUCAGUGUCCCCUCACACAGGGUCAGCCAGGAGACAGGACUUCUCAAGUUCCAGCGUUCCUAGUCCAUCACUGCUGGGUUUUCUGAACUAAACAUGUCGCAUACUCUGAAGGUCUUUUUCUCCUGGGAAAUAAUACAGCCAAGUAGGCAGCUUCAUUCUCAUUGAUUUAGAAACUUCUGUGAUAGAUCAGAAAAAAACCCCAGCAGUAUUUUUCUCACCCAACUGGGUCACUGAAAACUGGUUUUUUUAAACGAUCAAAUUUGUAUUUUUGUUAGUGCAAAGUUAGGUGAUUUAUGGAGUCUUCCGUCUGUGAUUCUUAUAAAAGGUCUGUCUAAAAGAAACCAAAAAUAAAAAUCUUUGACUUAAA